AUGAGGCGGUGGAUCGAUGAGAAAUCGAUGGACAUUCGCCCAUCGACAUCAAGUGAAAGAAAUGAUGUUGGGGAAAGUUUGGAGAUCGAUAAUGUCACAAUACGGACACUCAGGUUUCAGCCCAACCAUCCCUCACCGCUCUCUCCAUCGGAUCAUUCUUCUCGAAGAAAACCCCGCGAUUCUCUGUGGAGACUCAAAGGAUUGUUCUACUUUUUCCAAGCCUCUCUCUUUCUAUCUGUGAUAGCUCUUUGUGCUGCGAGUAGUGAUGAGUAUUCCCUUGUGAGCGAUCGAGGCGGUCCCCGCAAAGUCUACACAAAUGAGUGGGCGGUGAGGAUAGCCGGUGGAUCGACUGAAGAAGCCGAUCGAAUCGCGAGAAGAUACGGAUUUGAAAAUAAAGGACGGGUAAUCGAGGGUGGCGAGUAUUUCAUUUUCCUUCGGCCAAACGAGCGCCGAAAAGCGACCCGAAAGACGCGAUCUCUCUACGUAAAUGGACUCUCGCAUGAGCCAGAGGUAUUAUGGAUGGAGCAACAAGUGGCGAAGAAACGGGUGAAACGGGAUUUUCGACGAGUACGCCGAAAUCUCGCCGACAACGAGGUUUUGGAGGAGUCCCAGAUCUCAAAGUCUCGUAAUCGCAAGCCGAAAUUCGAUCCAAAUGAUCCAUUGUGGACGGACAUGUGGUACUUGAAUCGAGCCGACAAAUCGGAAGAAGGCAAAAUGGAUCACAACGUGCAAGAAGCCUGGGAUCUCGGCUACACGGGAAAAAACGUUGUUGUAACAAUCCUGGACGAUGGCUUGGAGCACACACAUCCCGAUAUAUUGCCCAAUUACGUGGAUGAGAACCGACAUGGGACAAGAUGUGCCGGUGAGGUAGCGGCCGUGUUCAACAAUACUCUCUGCAUCGUUGGCAUCGCGUACAAUGCGAAUAUUGGAGGCAUUCGCAUGUUGGACGGAGAUGUGACCGACGCGGUCGAGGCUGCCUCUCUCUCACAUGGCACAAAUCAUAUCGAUGUUUAUAGUGCUUCUUGGGGCCCUGAUGAUGACGGGAGAACGGUUGAUGGACCGGCGAAGCUGACGAGAGCUGCUUUCGAGCGGGGAAUUCGAGAGGGUCGCGGCGGAAAAGGCUCAAUUUUCGUGUGGGCAUCGGGUAAUGGAGGCAAAGAUGGAGACUCGUGCAAUUGUGACGGGUACACAAAUUCGAUCUACACAUUGUCGAUCUCCUCAGCCACCGAGAAUGGGAAUAUUCCAUGGUAUUCGGAGGCUUGCUCGUCCACUCUAGCCACCGCCUAUUCAAGUGGCGCAGCCGGAGAGAAAAUGAUUGUGACAACCGAUUUGCAUCAUGGCUGCACCACACUACACACGGGUACCUCAGCUUCUGCUCCGUUAGCCGCGGGGAUCGUCGCGUUGGCGCUAGAAGCUAAUCCGAAUUUGACGUGGAGGGAUUUACAGCAUCUCGUCGUGCGCACGGCUCGUCCGAUUCAUCUACGAGCGGGAGAUUGGGUGACGAAUGGAGUGGGCAGAAAUGUAUCGCAUUCAUUUGGAUACGGACUCAUGGAUGCUGGUGCCAUGGUGAGAUUGGCGAAAAAUUGGACAACCGUCCCAGAGCAACAUCGCUGCAAACAGUUUUACCCGUCACGUUUCAAAACGAUUCCCCAUGGUAAUCGCUUGCAACUUCAACUUUACACGGACGGAUGCGCCGGAUCGGAUGAUCAUGUGGCCUAUGUGGAACACGUGCAAGCAAUUGUCACUCUGAAAGCGCCAAAGCGAGGCGAUAUUCAGAUUUACCUCACAUCACCAAGCAAUACGCGAAGUGUUCUGUUGACGAAACGUGCUCGCGACUCAUCGAGAGCCGGCUUCACCGAGUGGGCUUUCAUGACGACACACAAUUGGGGCGAGUACGCGGCUGGACUCUGGACACUAGAAGUCGAUAAUGAUGGAUGGGAUGAUGCCGAACUGGUGAAAUGGGAUCUCGUGCUGCACGGCACCGCGCAAGAAGUCGGUCCAUCCGGCUCACAGCAUCCGGGUCUCUCCACUCGUUCCGUGCUCACUCUUCCAUCUCUUCAAGCUGGCCCAUCUCAAUCAGCAUUUCUUUCAUUCAUUCCAUCGAUUAUGAUCAUUCUUAUCGUCAAGCUUUUCAUU